AUGGAGUGGUUCGGACGAGCCGCCAUCGACUUCACGACCUCGCCGAAGUCACUAUGUCUGCAAGGUAAAGACGGCGAAGAAACAAACUUACUCAAGAUAUGCCAAUCAGCAGUGCCACCAUGCCAGCUGAACCCGCUGCUAUUCAACGGGCACGCGCAGACGAUGUGGACGGCCGCGAAGGCCCACGGCCCGCCGCUGCGGUACAAGCGCCGCAUCUUCGAAGCCGACCACGCCGAGUUCAACGGCAGCUUCGCCGUGGACUUCGCCGUCACUGACCCCGCUCAGAAGGAGGAGGCCGACGAGUCGCUGCCGCCGCGGACGGCCUACUUCUCUGAGACCGAGCUCGAGGCUAUGGGCUCCGACGACGAGAGGCCGAUGCUCGUGGUCUUGCACGGGCUGUCGGGAGGCUCCCACGAGGUCUAUCUCCGGCACGCGAUUGCGCCGCUCAUCGAUAGCGGCAAAUGGGAGGCUUGUGUUGUCAUCUCGAGAGGUUGCGCAAAUAGCAAGAUCACCACGGGGCUGCUGUAUAAUGCGCGUGCCACAUGGGAUGUUAGACAAACCGUCAAGUGGCUCAAGAAGACGUAUCCUAAUCGGCCCUUGUUUGGGCUGGGCUUCUCGCUAGGCGCUUGCAUCAUGACGAACUAUCUCGGUGAGGAGGGCUCCGCAACUCCACUCAAAGCAGCCGUUGUAGUUGCCAAUCCUUGGGCUCUUCAUAUAUCAUCGAAGAUGCUACAGAGCACAUUGAUCGGACAUCACGUGUAUCAACGAGUCUUAGGCAACUCCAUGAGAGCCCUGGCAAUGAAGCACAAGGACGAGCUUGAGAAGUACACUAACAUAGAUACAACGAAUCUAUUCAGCCAGAAGUUCUUGUACGAGUUUGACAGGGCCUAUCAAUGUCCUACCUGGGGAUAUCCUACGGAGGAGGCAUACUAUAGAGAUGCAUCUAGCUCGGACUCGUUACUGGCCGUGCGUAUUCCGCUCCUUGCGAUCAACGCUGUGGAUGAUCCUAUCGCCUCGAACUUGAGCAUCCCCUACGCCGAAGCCUCAACGAAUCCGUUUACCGUUCUCUGUACCACAUCUCUUGGUGGCCAUUUAGGCUGGUUUGAGAUCGGGGGAGGACGAUGGCACGGGAAACCUGUCUGCAACUUUCUCAACCAUAUGGCAUUUGAGAUAGACCUCAACAGCAUAAACUCCGAGGCUAACGGAAAGCGAACUUCGGGAAAUCCUAUGUAUGGUACCAAUUUCGACCCUAUAAGGCGAAAAAUGUAUGUGAAAUUAAACCAAUGA